GAAAGACAUGCCCUUACUUUAUUUUCUGAAUGACAAUUCAACAUUCUCAGUUUAUUUCAACUCUAAUUUCAACGGUUGUGGAUGAUGGCAAAAAAGACUUCAGGAAAGAAAGCCUCAGAGUCUGUACUCAAAUUAGGGGAUGUGGCUAUAAUAGUAAAGGCCCGUGAGAUCUAUCAGAAAGCCAAAGUGAUGGAUUCUCAAGAAAUAUGGAACAUUCUACGAGAAGAAUCUGAGGCAAGACUGGCGAGGAUGGAGAUGUCGCACAGCUGGCACACUGUGAUUGAGUCAUUCAACGAGAGGAUGGAGUGUAGGAAGCUACUGGAGCUGCAGGGAAGAUCUCAAAGCCACCGGAGUCGAGUGGCCCUCAUGUUCAAAGCCUCGGAAAGCAACCUCGACAGAACAGCCCUGCUUAUGGCCAACAACCCCCUGCCAGACCUCCACAGCCAUUCAGAGGGGGACAGUCCCACCAAAUACUUGGCUAGUGACAUCCUAGCACAGCCAAAGAGGCUGGCUUCCAUUGGAGGCCCCCUGAAGGGUUUGCCUCCACUGAUGAAACCUUCCAAAGUUCCACCCCAGAAACAGAAAAAGUUGAGCAUAUCGCACAGGGCUCUGUCAGAAGUGCCUACCAGUGUCUGUGUUCAGAUUUCUGAGAACUGGUCAAUGGUUUCAGACAAGGACAUAGAAAAAGAAGAACUGACCCAAGACCGGGAGUUCAAAGAUGAGAGCUGUGCACUCUGGGAGCCCCUAACCCUUUCUACCCUGCUGGAGACUUCAACCACCCUGACAGCACCUGGUCAUGGAGCAUUUCGGUAUGGACAGAGUGCCUACUGGAAAGUGAAAAGCAGCUCUUAACUCUUAAGACACCUAUAAAC